GUUUGCGUGCGUUAUCAAUGAAUCUGCGACUCUUUGUCUCGACAAAGGGCGUGUUUCCUUCAGCAGCAGGCUGUGUGUGGUUUGUGUAGGCGUAACGUUACUAAGCUAAGAGACCGUUCCAACUUAGCUAGCCCCAGAGUGACAUCUGACGCCUUCCAAGUCUUCACGUGAGACCUGUGGACCCUGACCCCCACUGUUUACCUGAGAGCUUGCUGCAGCCAGAGUCAGCGGGAUGGAGGAGGAGGAGGCCAGGUGCUUCCUGGGGAGGUUUGUGGACGAUUUCCCAGCAGCUCUGGAGGAAGGCAGUCCACUGCCUGUCAGCCCUCUGAGCCGCAAAGUCUCCCUGCAGGAGCUGCCCGGAGAGAGCCUGGACCUGGGCCUGAGGCUGCUGGCUUCCAGGUAUGAAAAGGGUGCUGCUGCAGGCCUCAGUGCCCUCCUGUGCCAGGCUGCGCUGUCCCAGCUACUGCAGAGUGACCUUUCACCUUUCCACUGCCCCCAGGAAGCUGAGGCUGACCAGGAAGAGGAAGAGCAAGUCAUUUUACUUGAGUCAGUGGAAGUGCAGCGUCUGUUCCUCAACAAGCUGAUAGAUGUGGCAUCGACAUGGUAUCAAAACUUCCCCAAGCUCCCACCCUCCUCGUCUCGCUUCCUUCGCUGCUCUGUUCACGCCAUCAAGAACACAAGGAGGAAGAUGGAGGACAAACACUUGGCCCUGGCUGAGUUCAACCAGCUCUUUGGAAUCCAGGACGGAGUGGAACGAGCCUACUACGCUGUGUUUGACGGGCAUGGAGGGGUGGACGCUGCCACCUACACUGCCACUCACCUCCACGUUGCCCUGAGUAAACAGGAGACACUGCAGAGCGACACGGCCACAGCCUUUAAAUCAGCCUUCAAGCAAACAGAUGACAUGUUCAGGGGCAAAGCCAGGAGAGAGCGUCUGCGGAGCGGCACUACAGGCGUGGUGGUGCUGAUCCAGGGUCAGGAGCUCACUGUGGCCUGGCUGGGAGACUCUCAAGCAAUACUGGUCAGAAAGGGACAAACUGUGUCACUCAUGGACCCCCAUAAACCGGACAGAGAGGAUGAGAAACAGAGAAUUGAAGAUCUUGGUGGCUGUAUCACCUUCAUGGGUUGCUGGCGUGUUAAUGGAACCUAUGCUGUAUCCAGAGCUAUAGGUGACUUUGACCAGAAGCCUUAUGUGUCUGGAGAUGCUGAUUGCUCUGUGACCCAGCUGUUCGGGGAUGAGGACUACAUUCUUCUGGCAUGCGAUGGCUUCUUUGAUGCAGUCAAACCUUCGGAAGUCCCUCAUCUAGUCCUGGAUGCACUCCAACAGCCCGUUGACCCUGAGGGCGGAGGAGAUGCUCAGCUGGAACAGUCAGAGCACGAUGUUGGACUGAGAGUCGCUCAACAGUUGGUAGGUCAUGCUAAGGCAGCUGGUUCUAGUGAUAACAUCACAGUUAUUCUGGUGUUCCUGCGUCCACCGGAGCAGCUGCUGGCUCAAGACUCCACCACAGGAACUGCACAAGCUACUUCCGGAGCUGCACCGCAGCAGUGAAGAAGGAGGUCCACCGCCCCAUCACCACUGUGCCAAGCUACUGUCUGACUCAGCGUUUCUCAGCAUGUCUUUGUCCCCGGGUGCUUUCAGACAUCAUUGGAUGCUAAUGAAACACAUGAGAACGGCAGAGUGUAGUCACGCUGUGUCAGUGCUUCAGAGGUGAAGUAUUGAUUCAGCUGUGUUUAGAUCAUAUCCUUUGAAACAGUAUGCUAGAUGGUGCAUGGCCAAAUUAACCCGCGUGGGUUCCUGGGGCAAAAGUUAGCUGGGUGCCCCAACCCAGAAAACCAACCAGCAUUCCUACACUGAAAUAUUACCUGCUCCGGGUUUGCUGUGUGUCAACUGGUGUGAAAUCAUUUGCUUAAACAUUCAUUCGUUAAAGGGUGACCAUCAUAUCAGCUUUUUGUGUUUGACUAAGCAAAAAUAUGAUGUUCUGGUUUUAACCUCAGUAUUCAUCAUCUCAUGUAAUGUUGACUCUUUUCAAAGGGCUUUAUGUUUGUAUGGGAACUAUCAUAAGCUUUGCAAACAUUUAAACUUUGUUGCUGUUUUAUCCCAACACAGGAAAGAGACAAAAACAGAUCUGUGGUUAGGAAAUGAAAUGUCUUAAUGAUUUAUAUUUUAUAAGCAACUCAAGACCUAAAUUGUGACAUUUAAUUGCUACUGAAUACUCCAGUGUGUAGGGAGCAAACCCAGUGUGUAGCGUUUAGUAGUAUCUAGUGGUGUUGUCUCAGAUUUCAGACAACUAAACGCCUCUCGUCUCGCCCUCCUGUGCAGUGGUCACUAAAAAUGUGCUGAACUAACAGCGUUGUGUGUUAGUUCAGCAGUUCUUUUUGACACAGACAGCACACGGGCAGCAGAUGGCGCUUUUCCCCUUGGAGAUUAAGAUUCUGAGUGAUGUAAUUCUAUUGAGAUUCUGAUAGUUUAACACAUAAUGUACCUAAGUAAUUUAUCUCCCCACCUAUCCAAAAGUGAGACAGUGUUAAAGCUGUGCAUCAGCCUGAUCUUUUUUAUCUUUUGCUCGCGUGCUGUUACAGCCCUCUGUACAACAGUGUAUUAAUCAUGUUGAGUUGAACAGGGUGAGACUCAAGCUCAGUGGGUGGUGUGUACAGGUGAUAUCUGGCAUCCCCUAGAGAUAACCGAUUUAUUGUUGACCGCGUCGCAUUCCCAUUCCCUUUGGAAGUGUCGAGGACUGGCUUUCACAAAAUGGGAAAAUGCUACACGGUGGAUGUGCAACUCAUGGAUCAGACCUGUUUUGACACAACCUGCAUCCCUGCAAAAUAGUGCAGUUAGCUAAUAAUAUGCUAACUCAUGGCAUUGCUAGCUAAACAUGUUAACUGCACUAAAUGUACUAAUUAUAAGAUUAAAUGUAAUGUAAAUCAUCACAGCAUUUCUUUGCUUCCAUAGUCUCUGUGCCAUAAAGAAAAGGUUUGCCUUUAUUCUUGACAUCUGUACCAUUAUGACAAGUCUGUUACCUUUUUAGUUUAUGCUCUCCGUUAUUUUUAUGUUGUUUUUUUUUCAUUCAUCUAUUACAACUCAACGAUAUGUUCACUAUGCAUCAGUAUUAAAUGUAGUUUUUGGCUUUUGCAUUCUGCAGUGGGACUGGGUUCACACUGACAUUAUUUUAUUACUGCACUUCAUUUAAGUGAUUUUUUUUCCCAAGCGGCUGUAACUGUGCCUUUACCAGCCAUGACUCAGAACAAUGCUUCGGACAUCUCUUAUUUUGUGCUGUGCUCUAGUGGAUUGUUUUGAUAUUCCAUGAGGGAAAUUGAAUUCUAACUAAUGUUAACCUCAAAUAUGCCAAAUCUGCCUUCAAGAACUAAUAUGAUUUCUAAUGCCAAGUACUAUGACUAUUUAAAGUAAUCCAGUAUUACUUAAAAGGACUUGAGUUGAGUGAGUGAGUCUUGCAGCUGAGCAGAUCAAGGGACCACAGAGAGACAGCAACUUCCUGCAUAAGCUCGGCAUGCUGAGGUUAGGGAGUAUGGGUGUGGAACAUGUAACUGGAUUUGCUGAAUCACAGACUCUGACAGUAUUUCUGACUACUGUGUUUUUUUUGGAUAUUUUUAACAGUUCUCAGUGAUGUCUUUGUUGAGAGGAUUAAUAUCAGCAGAAUUAAAAACAUUGAGAAUAGAAA